AUGAUUCUCCAUCUGGUUGCUUUACUCUCCCAUCUGAUGAUUGAUCGUCCCAUUAUUGUUGUUGGUCACGAUUUGGGUAUGUUACCCGCUUCUCGAUUCGCUCUCUACCAACCGAAACGGAUUCACGCGCUUAUUCUCUUGAGUAUCGCCUAUAAUCCACCCGGCUUGUUCAACAUUGAUCAAACUAUUGAUGCUAUCAAGCAAGCAGCUGGCUACGAUGCACUUGGCUAUUGGAAAUUCUUGGGUUCGGAUCCGGAUGCAGCAUAUCUUAUCGAAAAGAAUGCUAAUGGCUUUCUUGAUCUUCUAUUUCCACCAGUCAAUGACGCUCCUACGCUCUGGCGUAAGAUUUUUUCUCCUGUGGGUAAACUAAAAGAAUGA